AUGUUGCAGCCCUUCAGGCGAGGAAUUUCUGGAGGAAUGUUCCGACGAAGAGGCUUGACAAAGCUAACGUUUAUCAACUCACUGCUUGGACAUCCAGUACUUCAAAGUUUACAUAUAAAAGUUGGAGACAAAGCUGAACUUACCAAAGCUUUUACACAGAAUGAUGUUGUUACUUUUUCCUACUUAACAGGUGACACAAAUCCUUUGCAUUUAAAUGAAGAGUUUGCAAAGAAGUCUAGGUUUGGGAGAACUGUUGUACAUGGAGUUCUGAUCAAUGGACUUAUUUCUGCAGUUCUAGGUACUAAAAUGCCUGGUCAAGGGUGUAUAUUUCUCUCCCAGGAGAUCCGUUUUCCAGCUCCUUUGUAUAUUGGUGAAGAAGUCACAGCUGCAGCAGAAGUGAAACGGCUGAAGGGUUCUAUUGCACACAUUUCAGUAUCAUGUCAGGUCAGAGAAAGUGGGAAGACUGUUAUGGAAGGGAUGGUAAAAGUCGUGGUGCCGGACAGUUAGAGCUGUUCAGCCUGUGCUACUUUACUGUAAAGGCCAGAAAUUCUUGGUUUUGAUUUUGUCUUUUUAUGUGACAUCACUCAAUCCAGUAAAUUUGCAACAAAGAGUGCUUGAAA